AAACGAGAAGCACUUACUGACACCUCCAGCAUGCAAGAUGCAUCCUCAAAUGAGGAUGAGUAUGAUUUUUUGAAAGAAGGACGAAAGCAGACUGAAGAAAGGUUGGAAAAAGCUCUUGCUAGGGUGAAGUCCAUGGUGCAAUACCCUGAGGCCAGGGAUCAAUAUAGGAGAUUGCUAAACGUUGUUUCUGAGAUACAAGAAGCCCAGGUUGAAUACGAAAUGACACCCGACCAUAAUGGAGAAGCAACAGAUUUUGAUGAUGAUCUGACUGAUCUUGAACAACUAUUGGACGACGACACUUCAUGCAUUUGGGACCCUGACCCCACGAUCUCUCUUCCCGUCAGUAGGGUUUACAAAUUAACUGGUAGACUGAACCGGCAAAGACCGUAUAAUGACUGCAUUUAGUGUACAGAUGUAAUCUAGCAAUUAAUUCAAUUA